AUGUCGACUCCUCUUCCUCCUGGAUGGGUCUCGCAAUACGACCCUCAGCACCAGCGAUACUUCUUUGUCCAAACCGUAACUGGACGAAGCCAGUGGGAAGACCCGCGUAUGGUUUCACCGUACCAGGCACCGCUACCCCCACCCCCAUCUGCUGGGUACGCAGCCCCGCCACAACCGCCGCUCGGAGCAUACGGUGCCCCUUCGCCCUACGGUUCUCCUUCGCCCUACGCCCCAUCGCCAUCACCCUACGGCCCACCAUCACCCUACGGCGCACCGUCGCCCUACGGCGCACCAUCACCCUACGGCGCACCAUCGCCUUACGGCGGACCAUCUUCGUAUGUAGCAACAGCACCGCCCCCUGUCUCUACAACAGAAAAAUCCCAUCCUCAUAUUCCGGGAGGGAUGUUGGGCGUCGGAGUUGGGGCAAUGGCGGGGGCGGCGUUGGUAGGAGGGGUGGCAUUGGCAGCGCAUGAGCAUCAUAAGCAUCAUGAAUAUUAUCGACCAGCGGAGGUCGUAGUAGUGGAGGAGGAACCGGCGACGGAGUAUGAGGUGGUCGAGUACCACCACCACCAUCAUAACCAUAAGCUUUUUGAUUUUUACUAA